AUGAACACAGCGGACGUCGUGUCCGUGUCAAAUGCACAGGAGCAAAGAGAAGCACUUAUGAAUGCACUUGAACGGAUUCGUCAUUUAAAAGAUUCUAAACUUGAGAACCAACGAGCACCUGCACAACUUCUUGUCGCCAUUGAAGCCACUCUUGCCGAAAGAGCCAAUACACAGCCACAGGAACCACAGCAAGAGCGUCAAACAGAGCCUGCAGGGCCGACACAAUACCUUCUGGCGCUUGAGAGCUUGUUGAGUGCUGAAAAUACGAGUGCGGAUGUCCAUGCCUCAUCCGUCUACUUGCUCUCAAUUGUGCUUCCCCAUGUCGCUCCCGGUGUUGUACGGGCGAAAAGCCAUGCAUUACUAGGUGCUGUAGCAGCGCCACUCGCUGAUCCACACGGUGGUGCGGCCGAAAACAUGAAUGCACGCCUACGUGCUUCUUUAGGUGUCGUGGAAUCACUCCUUCAUAUUGUUCCUGUGCGCGAGCGCAACAUACUGGAGCGCGAGCGAACUUGGCUUGCUGUAUGGGAUCUAGUGCUAGGCCUAUGUAUUGAUGCGCGGCCCAAAGUGCGGCGACGUGCGCACGAACUUGUCACACACAUCCUUAGUGAACCUGCGUGGGAACACGCACACCCUUAUGCAGACCGCACAAUGAUGUGGGCUGCUCGUCUCCUGCAUGGUGUUGCAGCUGCACGCGGCGUUUCUCAUUCAAAAGGGGGUCAUCCGCAUUUGCGAGCGCCUACGGUCGAGUACGAUAAGCACCGUGGCAAGGCGAAGCAUGCUAUGAGUGCCGCAGCGGAGCGGCAAAAACAGGCGGUAGACGGUGCUGCGAGCACUGGUAUCUGGAUAUGUGCGCUAUUGCAGACGAUUGUGCCUGCUGUUCCUGUUGCGAGUACGAUGCCACUUGUGCAUGAGCUCUUGGCAUUGCCUGCCCUGCAAAAUCCAUUUUUAACCGUGGCAGUGUAUGACGUAUUUUCCGCUCUGUUCCGGACGCCGCGUGUGGAGCGGAGUUUGGAUAUGGCCGUUGCGCCAGUGGAGCGACACACGCGCGAUGUGUCUCUACUUCGUCACACGCUCGAUGAACUGUGCAAGACGACGAAUGUGCCUGCGCAUACCGAUGUCCAGACCCUUCCCGCGUACCUAGGAGUGCUAGAAGCUUGUAUGGUCGCAUACUCCGCCGCGGAUCUCGACUCGGCCUGGUCAUUGGUCCCUACGCUGUGGCAUAGCUCGAUGACCCUGGCUUUAUCGGCUCAGUCGGAUGCAUCUCGCGCGUCUUCCGAUGUUCGCAGCGCGGGCCGAAGGUUCCUUCAGGCUCUCGCGCACUAUUGUGUGCCGGACCAUGCAGUUGCGGAUGCACUAAAAGCACAUAACGCUGACGAAGUGCCACUUUCACGAAUGAUUUCUUCCUUGCGUGAGGCGCUCGGUAAGCAUGCUCUUCGGUACACACACACACGCAGUGAUAUUCUGCACAUCCUUGCGAGUAUGCUGAGUCGCUUACGGUAUCCACUCGAAGUGGGUGGACCUCCACCAGCCGAACCGUUGCUCAUGCAAGCGGUCGUGGAUGUGGCGGCUCUGCGUGCGCAUCGGCACUUUGAUGCACGGCCAGAUGCGGAUGCUGUGCUGGGCUCGGCGAUUUCGGCGUGUGGUCCACGUGUCUUUUUGUCGUACCUGCCGCUGGAUUUGUUGGAUGCCAAGACGGGGCGACCCAAUACACAGGGUGGCGUCCGUGGACGUGCAUGGCUGUUGCCCCUAUUGCGUGAGCAUAUUUCGAAUACAGAACUUGCUCACUUUGUCGAGGAGCUCGUACCACUAAGUGAAGCGCUCUUCGAAGUCCGCGUACAGGCUGAGCAGCCAUCCGAUGGGAGUGCACCGCGGCCUGUAGAAGCCAAGGUCAUGGAGGCGCUUAUUGAGCAGAUUUGGGUGUGCUUCCCAGGCUACUGCGACCUUUGUCGCGAUGUCGAUACAAGUCUUACACCGCACGUUCUGGAACUGCUGAUCAACGUGCUUCGAACGCAGACAAAUUUGCGUCCUGCUGUGCUGAAAGGACUCGAACUGCUUGUCCAGCGGAAUGAGUCCCUUAUUUCGUCGCAAGUUGAUGCUGCUCAGCUGCAGCGCCAGUUCGGCGUCGACCAGGCAGCUGGCCGGCGGUUCCUCGAGCACCUGCGUGCGAUGUCUGGUGUACUCCUUGCGGCGCUCUUCCAAUUGCUAACGGAGCUGCCAUCACAGUCGCGUGGCUUCGUGAUGGACUGCAUCGCGACGUACCUGGCGAUCCUCGACUCCCGCAGCGUCGCAGCUACGUUCGAAAAGGUCGCUGCGAUGCUGAAGCAGUCACUUGCGACGUAUGUGCCGAGUGCGCCUGCGCCAGGCAUGCCAGAGGCGAACAGUCCGCGGUACGUGCCGCCUGUUCCUCAUACAAUGCUCGACCUGUUCAUCGCGCUUGUGCCGUAUGUCAAGCGCGAGAAUGCAGCGGCGCUCUUUGAUGCAUGCAUGCAGGUGCUCACAGUGGAUGACAGCGGCUUGCAGAAGAAGGCGUACCGUGCGCUGUCGCGCUUACUGAGCACGUCCGAGGCGCCGGCUUUGCGUGCUCGCAAGGGAUCACCAGCGGCUCUUGUGACGCAACUUCUCGAGCAGGACGUGCCGUUGGGUGCGGUGCGGGAUCGACUUGCGCUCUUUCGUGCGCUUGUGCCAUACAUGCCCGACGCAGACUUGGGCUCCUUGGCGGCCCUUGUGCCUGAGGCCGUGCUGGGAACGAAGGAGGCGAACCAAGGCGCACGGAGAAGAAGCUUACUGCCUGCUCGUCGAGAUCGGCCACCGCAUGGCGCGUGGCGGCCGCAUUGA